CUAUGGUUUUGGUUUGAAGGACGAGGCAGCAUUUUGAGUGAGAGUGAGUGUGAGCAAAAGCAUUGAGCCAUUGAUUUGGUAGUGGUAACUGGUAAAUUUUUGAAGCUGAUUUUCAUUUUCUAGAUUCAACCGCAAACCCUAACGCCUCCUAAGUCAAAGAAAGAGCAAGUGUUGGAGUUAUGAUGGACUUCGAUGAAUAUGAGUACUUAGAGAAAGCAGUUGAGAAUCCCGAGCUUAGGAAGGAGAAGGAAGCCACUAAUGGCAGGAGUGGAGGUUUCAAAUCAGAAGAGAAAGGGUAUAGUAGGAGUUCCAGGCAUAAGGAUGAUCGUGAUGGUGAUGAUGAUAAUGAUAAUGAUGUGGAUCACCGCUCUAAGCAUUCAAAAUCUGGCGAUGGUUCUCGUGGUGAUUACGAUAAGCACAAGGAAAGAGGCUCGUCGCAUCGUCAUUCCCGGUCCAGAGAUGGAAACAAGGAGAAGGAUGAGCAUAGAAGCUCUAGGAGCAGCAGGGAUGGGAAGAGAGAUAGGGACAGAGAUGAUGAGGACAAGUAUGGAAGGGAGCGAGACAGAGAACGUGACCGUGAAAGGGACAGGGAGAAAGAGAGCUCACGGCGAAGCAGAAGUCAAUCCGAAAGGCGUAAGAGUGAUCCUGAUGACAGAGAAAGAGAGAGGAGUCGUGACAGGGAGCAUAGAGACAGUGAAAGGAGCCGGGAUAAGGAUUACAGAGACAGGGAAAGGGCAAGGGAAUCCAGGGAACGGGAUAGAGAAAGCAGGUCCCUCAAACCUUCGUACUGCUAUCAAUCCAAAUUGGCGAUGCUGUUUCAAUAUAAGAUUUUGUUUUAUUUGUAGAAGAAGACAUAAAGAGAAAAAGGAAGAGGCAGCAGAACCCGAGGUUGAUCCUGAAAGAGAUCAAAGAACUGUGUUCGCUUAUCAGAUUUCUCUGAAAGCUGAUGAAAGAGAUGUGUAUGAAUUCUUCUCAAGGGCGGGCAAGGUGCGAGAUGUUCGGUUAAUUAUGGACCGCAAUUCAAGACGCUCUAAGGGUGUUGGGUAUAUUGAGUUCUAUGAUGUCAUGUCUGUCCCCAUGGCAAUAGCACUUUCUGGCCAAUUUCUUCUUGGUCAACCAGUGAUGGUGAAGCCAUCAGAAGCAGAAAAAAAUUUGGUUCAGUCCACAACAUCUGUUGCUACUGGACCUGCUGGAGUUAUAGGCCCAUAUUCAGGGGGAGCAAGAAGGCUAUAUGUAGGCAAUCUGCAUUUCAAUAUGACCGAAACUGAUCUUCGGACGGUGUUUGAAGCAUUUGGUCAGGUUGAGCUUGUCCAGCUGCCUCUUGAUGAAAGUGGGAACUGCAAAGGUUUUGGCUUUGUGCAGUUUGCACGCCUUGAAGAUGCGAGAAAUGCACAGAGCUUGAAUGGUCAAUUGGAAAUUGGUGGCAGGACAAUCAAGGUGUCCGCUAUUACUGAUCAAUCUGGAAUGCAAGAAGUUGGAGGAAAUACUGGUGAUCUUGAUGAUGAUGAAGGUGGUGGCUUGUCCCUGAAUGCCAGUUCUCGAGCAUUACUCAUGCAGAAGUUGAACCGCAGUGGCACUGCACCUAGCAUGACUGGUUCAGCUGGUAAUGCUGCUGUCAACGCCACUGGCCUUAAUAUGCCCGCAACAGUCGGUUCUCCCCUUUCUUCUAUUCCUACGGUACCUGGAUUGCCAGGUGGAGGCCUUCAAGUUCCCACACCUACCAUUUCCUCUAUUGAUACAAUUGGUGUUCCAAGUGAAUGCUUACUGUUGAAGAAUAUGUUUGAUCCCAAAGACGAGAAGGAACCGGAUUUUGAUUUGGAUAUUAAAGAAGAUGUUGAGGCAGAAUGCUCUAAAUUUGGGAAGUUAAAGCACAUCUUUGUCGAUAAAAAUAGUGCUGGUUCCGUCUACUUACGGUUCGAAAAUACUCAAUCUGCAAUAAGUGCACAGCGUGCCCUACAUGGAAGAUGGUUUGCUGGGAAGAUGAUCACUGCAAGCUUUAUGGUUCCCCAGACAUAUGAGGAUAAAUUCCCAGAUAGCAGAUGAAUUCUCAUUGGUCCAUCGUUUGGUAGUUAUUGCAUGAUGAAUCAUGUAACUAAGUCAUGUACUUCCAACAUGGCAAGUUGGAAAGCUGCUGUUUGCAAAAGCUAUAUAUAUAUAAUGGGGUUGCUUUGAUUUUAA